GGUCAAGAGAAAUAUGGAUUAUUAAAUGUAACAAAAAUUACUGAAAAAGGGAAAAAGGUUCAAAAGAACUGGUUGUCUUCUUGGGCAGUGUUGCAGGGUUUAUCUUUACUUUUUACGAAGACACAAGGAAGUAGCACAAGUUGGUUCGGGAGUAAUCAGUCCAAACCAGAGUUCACGGUGGACCUCAAGGGGGCAGCGAUAGAGAUGGCUUCGAAGGACAAAUCCAGCAAAAAGAAUGUACUUGAGCUGAAAACCCGUCAAGGAACAGAACUGCUAAUUCAGUCCGAUAAUGACGCUGUUAUUAGUGAUUGGCUUAAAGUUAUUAGUAGUACUAUCAGUAAUAAGGCAGUAGACACUGAUGAAGCAAUUGAAGAGGAGAUACCAGAUUCACCAGCAAUAGAAAAACAUGAUAAAGAAAAAGACCAUAAGGAGCCUAAAAAACUUCGUCCCACAAAAGUAGUUAGCAUAGAUUCUUCAGAACAGAAGAAAACCAAGAAAAAUUUAAAGAAGUUUCUUACACGACGCCCUACUUUGCAAGCUGUUCGUGAAAAAGGUUAUAUUAAAGAUCAGGUAUUUGGAUCCAGUCUUGCUAAUCUUUGUCAGAAAGAGAAUGGCACAGUGCCAAAGUUUGUGAAGUUAUGCAUUGAACAUGUUGAAGAACACGGUUUGGAUGUUGACGGAAUCUACAGAGUAAGUGGCAACCUUGCAGUGAUCCAGAAGCUGAGAUUUGCAGUCAACCACGAUGAGAAACUGGACUUGAAUGAUAGUAAAUGGGAAGAUAUUCAUGUCAUUACUGGAGCACUCAAAAUGUUUUUUCGAGAACUGCCGGAACCUCUUUUUACAUUUAAUCAUUUUAAUGAUUUUGUCAAUGCAAUUAAAUAAGAACCAAGACAGCGAGUUGCUGCUGUUAAGGACUUAAUCAAACAGUUGCCGAAGCCUAAUCAAGAUACAAUGCAGAUUCUGUUCAGACAUCUCAGAAGAGUUGUAGAAAAUGGAGAAAAAAACCGAAUGACCUAUCAGAGUAUAGCAAUUGUUUUUGGUCCCACUCUAUUAAAGCCAGAGAAAGAGACUGGUAAUAUAGCAGUUCAUACUGUACACCAAAAUCAGAUUGUGGAAUUAAUUCUUCUGGAACUAAAC